CCUCUACAUGUUAGUUCACAGUAAAGCUGCCAGUUCUGUAUCGCCCUAUUUAAUGGUCACUACAGAAGUAAUGUAUUUUAAAUGGCGUGUUGAGGUGGACAGGCUCAAGGCAGGGCAGGUUUGCUCUCAGUCUGUUCUCUCUGAUAAGGUGUGCACCUUCUCACUCUACUACUUGACUCUGUAACAGUGCCACAUUUCCUGGUGUCCAUUCAAUUCACUCCAUCACUGCGAGACGAUGAAGGAUACACACACCCUGCUCAAUUUGCUUCUGCUGCUAGUGUACCUAGCAGGAUCAGCUGUGACCACUGAUGGAGGGAAGGACAGUACCGAUGAUCCCUUGGAACUAACCAUUGUGGGACCUGACUUUGUGACAGUGGGUGUGCCAUGCAGUUUUGACUGUGCCGCCCAGUGCUCUCCCUCCUGUAGCUACAGAAUGAGUAUCGACGGGCAGAUUGGACAAGGCAACGAGCUGUUCUUCACAGCUCGCCAAUGGGAAGAGUCCCUAAACCUCACAUGUACCGCAAGGAAUGAUGACUCUGGGAGGUCCUCUACAGUAUCAAAGAUACUGCAGGUUUUAGCUGGACCCACCAACGUAUCGAUCACGGGCCCUGACUUGAUGACCCCAGGGGCCCCAAAAAGCUUCCAGUGUUACGCCGAUUGUCAUCCCUCCUGCAACUACACCUGGGGGAUAAAGGGCAGAUGGCUCGGAGGACAGGGGAACGAGAUUACCGUAACUCCCGAAGAGUUGGCCACCUCUGUUACCCUGAACUGCAAAGCCAUCAACAGUGUGUCUGGGCUCUAUGACAUGGCAACAAGGACAAUACCUGUGACAUAUGGUCCCUUGGAACUAACCAUUGUGGGACCUGACUUUGUGACUGUGGGUGUGCCAUGCAGUUUUGACUGUGCCGCCCAGUGCUCUCCCUCCUGUAGCUACAGAAUGAGUAUCGACGGGCAGAUUGGACAAGGCAACGAGCUGUUCUUCACAGCUCGCCAAUGGGAAGAGUCCCUAAACCUCACAUGUACCGCAAGGAAUGAUGACUCUGGGAGGUCCUCUACAGUAUCAAAGAUACUGCAGGUUUUAGAUGAUGAAAAAUCCAUGGCCACACAGGCUGAACAGACUAUAGACCUGCUUCUGUUCACCUUCACACUCUCACUCUACACCGUAAUAUCACCAUAAUCCAGGAGAAGGUGGUUUUAUACAAGGAAGUGAUCUGUUCUCCACACGCAUAUCUGAAUAAUUUGAAAACAUGUCAUCAUUAUUACAGACAGUGAUGGAACAUGUGGUUUAUUGGUAAAGAACAAAGAACAAACAGUGCCUCUCAUAUCAGGAUGUUAACCAUAUUUGCUGAUGAUAAGUGAAGUGGAAAGGCUUGGCUGAAUCUUUCACUAUCAAAGCACUAUGUGUGUUUGUGCAAGCAUCAUCACGUGUAUAGCCUAUCUGGAUUAAAUAUUUAAUAAAGAAACAUUUACAUUAA